AUUGCGUUUGUGUGCACAUAGUUACAUACCACCAUGGCGAAAUCCUGGCUGCUGCUGUUCUGCUUGGCGUUUCUCUUGCCGGCGGCAAGCGCGACGUGCCACCCCGACGACCUACGUGCGCUGCGGGGCUUGGCCCGGAACCUUAGGGGCGGUGGCGCCGCCCACCUCCACAGCGUGUGGUCUGGCGCCUCGUGCUGCGAUUGGGAAGGUGUGGGCUGCCAUGGUGCCAGCGGCCGCGUCACGGCUCUGCGGCUCCAUGGUCACGGCCUCGCGGGGCCCAUCCCAGGAGCCUCCCUUGCGGGCCUCAUAAGGUUGGAGGAGCUCUUCCUUGGCUCCAACUCUUUCGCCGGCACCCUUCCCGACGAGCUCUUCAGCCUUGCUGGGCUGCGGAGGCUCUCCCUCGCAUCCAACAACCUCGCCGGUCAACUGAGCUCGCGCCUCAGCGACCUCAUAAACCUCACCUUGCUGGAUUUGUCCAUCAACCACUUCUCCGGCCACCUCCCUGACAACGUGUUCCGUGACCUCAUGUCGCUCGAGCAUUUGGUUGCACACUCCAAUGGCUUCUCCGGAUCACUGCCACCGUCCCUGUCAUCACUGUCAUCUCUCCGUGAGCUUAACCUCCGGAAUAACUCUCUGUCUGGUCCGAUUUCUCAUGUCAACUUCUCUGGCAUGCCGCUUCUUGCUUCGGUUGACUUGAGCACAAACUACCUGAAUGGGUUGCUGCCAGUUAGCCUCGCCGACUGCGGCGAGCUAAGGUCGCUCAGCCUUGCCAACAACAGAUUGGUCGGCACCAUCCCGUCGUGGAUUGGUGAGCUUGACCACCUUCACUACUUGGAUCUCUCAAAUAAUUCAAUGAUUGGCAAGGUACCGAAGAGUUCGACACGACUCAAGGGCCUCGCCACCGUUGUGGGGCAUUCACCGGGUAUGGCUUUCACUAACAUGCCCUUGUACGAGAAGCGUAACAGACGCAUUCUCGGCCAACAACCAAAUGUCAUAUCUGGAAGCCGCAACACUAUCAGAUCUGGGACCAACAAUGUUCUAUCUGGGAAUGACAACACUGUCAUAUCCGGGAAUGACAAUGUUGUAACUGGGAGUAACAAUGUCGUAUCUGGUAGUGGCAAUGUCGUGACUGAGAGAAACCAUGUUGUUUCUGGGAGCGACAAUGUCGUAUCCGGGAGGAACAAUGUCGUAAAUGGGAGCAAUAAUGUUGUAUCUGGGAGAAACCAUGUCGUAUCUGGGAAUAACAAAGUCGUAACUGGAGGUUAGUGAUCUGUCAGUGGAUUAAUUCCCUCUUCUCCGGAGGAGCUCAUGUCCUUGUCCAAGUUCAGUGUAGUUCACAAUCCCUUGGUGGGGCCAAUCGCGUAUUUGUAACUUCAUGGGUAUAGAAUCCUAUUACUACUAAAAUAUCCACAAAACGUUUUAUAUCCACGCUGAACUAAACAGCAACUGGCUUGCGGCCGAUGUAGAUCAAGCUUGUUUGCUUAUGUGCAAAUUUGCAUCGUGGAUGUCUAACGUGGUGAACUGGUCAUUAUUGCAUCUCUUCUAUUCUAUGUGAUGUAUGAUGCUUUCUUAUAUAUGAUGAUCGGGCUAUGGAUCA